UCGAGCCACUUUUUGAAUUUUUUGUUUUUUUUUGAAGUUUCCUGUCGCCACAUUUGACAUUGGGUUUUUGAUAACUGCACCGUUAUUUCUACGAUCUCAUGAAAAUAUUUUAAUAAGACUUUUGUUCUGAGCAGUGCAUCUUUAUGGCUAGUGGAAGAGCUGUUAUGAGGGAUUAUGUAAGGUGAUUCAGUACGCGAAGAGCAUGUUUUCCAAACUGAAGAAGUUGGUGGCCAAGGACGAGUCCGGACGGCAGAAUGGCUCGCAGGAUCUGCCCACUCCCAGCCAGUCGACGCCAGAAUCAGGCAGCCCGCGCAGCCUGUCGACCAACAGUAACGCGAACAGUCGCGCGGCGGGAAUGCGCAGUAUGGAACCACAGUUGCAGCGCAAAUUCGCCCGCGGUGUGCAGUACAACAUGAAAAUCCUGGUGCGCGGGGAGCGGAACGUGGGGAAGAGCUGUCUGCUGGCGCGGCUGCAGGGCGGGGACUUCCGCGAGGAGUACCGUCCCUCGGAGGAGAUCCAGAUCGGGAACAUUAGCUGGAACUUCAAGACGACGGACGACGUGGUCAAGGUGGAGGUGUGGGACGUGGUCGACAAGGGCCGCAAGAAGAAGCUCCUCGAGGGCCUCAAGCUGACCAACAGCCCCGCCGGCCCCGGGGCCCCCGGCCCGGAGGAGGGCGAGCUGGGCCUGGACGCCGAGACGCUCGACGUCUACAAAGGCGCACACGGGGUGAUCCUGAUGAUGGACUGGAGUAAAAUGUGGACGUUCGAGUACGUCCGGCGGGAGCUGGACCAAGUCCCGCCGCGUCUGCCCAUCCUCAUCUUCCUCAACUUCCGCGACCUCCACACGGAGGCCCCCAACCCGCACAGCACGAUCACGCUCUCGCAAGUGCAGAGCUUCGUGCAGCACCUCCCGCGGCCCAAAGGCGCCGCGCCCAUCCUCGUCGCCGAGGCCUCCAUGCGCAACGGCUUCGGGCUGAAGUAUCUCCACAAGUUCUUCAACCUGCCUUUUCUCCAGCUGCAGCGCGAAGCAUUAACGCGCCAGUUGGAGCAGAACCGCCGCGACAUGGAGCUGACCUUCCGCGAGCUGGAGAGCUUAUCAGAAUCCGAAGAGCAGAAUUACGAGCGCUUUUUAUGUUCCAUUACCAACCGCAAGUGGGUGCCCAAGGAGAGCCCCGCCCCGCCGGUCAAGGCGGCCGACGCCCCGCCCCUUUCGCCUUCGCACAUCGGCGCGACGAGUUCCUUCGCGUUGCCGAUCGGAAGUCCCAAGAAACCGGCGGCGUUCGCGCUGCCCUCGCCGGAAGUCCCGGCGUCGCAUUCCCGCGUGAAGAACGUGGAUGAUUUCAUCCCGGAUGACACGCUGUCCGGGGAAUUCCUGGAGGACGCCGUCACGCCGACGGCCGCACAUCCGCCGGGUGUCCAUCGCGGCGUGGACGGCUCCAGCGACGAGGAGGACGCCGGGAAUCCCAUGGUGGCCGCGUUCCAGGACGAGAUCGAUGUGGAUGAGACGGCGGCGGUGCAGAUGGCCAUGGCCUCCGUCGCCCGCCACCCCCCGCCGGCGGCCGCCAUCAGCGCCGUGGCGCCCCUUCAGCUUUCCCUGGAAUCCGUGGAAUCGGAUGGGGAAGAGGCGGUGCCGGCGCAGGAAGUUUUCCGGAUUGAUGACGACGAUACGGAAGAGGAGCAGCAGUUGACGCCGGUAGCAUCGUCCAUAGCAGAAAAAUCCCCCGUGGAGAUAGCUUCGCCGGAAGUCCAGCCUUCCGGCGAAUCCGCGGUGCAGUUCAGCGCCGAGGAGCUGUCUUCCUGGCUGGGCGAUCUGGAGACCCGCGCGGCCACCCCGCCCCCGCCGCCUCCCCCGGAAGUCCCUGCUCCCGUGGAGAACCCGGUGAAGAAGAAGAAAAAGACCAAGAAAAGCAAGGAGAGCGAGAAGAGCGGCAGGAAGAAGAGCGGGAAGACCGCGGCGCCGGUCGCCGGGACUGGGAAGCCGGCGGUGCGCAAAUCCAGUCAGGCGGAUGAGGAGUCGAUGGCGCGGGAGCUGGAGGAGUUCCUGGCCAGUGACGAUGAUUAGAUUGCAAUUCCGGUGGUGUGCGGAAGGGUUUUUGAGAGAGAAAUGAUUUUUUAACGAAAGAAUUUAUUGAUUAAAUUAAUCUGGAUUGGUGCUGAUUUUUCUCCACUCUGAUUUAUUGAGAUUGAGGUUCGUGUCGGCGACGGUGUCGUUGAAGUUUGCUGGUCGGUGAUUUUUGUUGACAUCGAUGUUUGCCGGUGGGAAAUUUGUUUAUUAAUUUGUUAAUUUGAUUAAGAAUUUGAAAGCUGGU